AUGUCUCAAUCCAUCUCUGUCAAGGACGAGUUGCAGAAGUCGACUGCCACUGCCCCUCCAGAUGCAGUCUCUCAGCAGUCUGACAAUGUCGCCCACGCUCUGGCUGGCUCGGGUGGUGGUCUUAUCUCCAUGGCUCUGACAUACCCUCUGAUCACCUUGUCAACACGCGCCCAGGUCGAGUCCAAGAAAGCCGAUACCAACGUGCUUGAAGCAGCCCGCAAGAUCGUCGCACGCGAAGGUGUUCGCGGUUUGUAUGCUGGUCUGGAGUCCGCUCUCUUCGGUAUCGCCGUCACGAAUGGAGUCUACUACUACUGGUACGAGUGGACCCGUGCUGCUUUCAUCAAAGCUGCAAAUGCUGCCAACCGCCCCAAUGCCAGCAAGCUCAGUACUUUGGAGACUAUGCUUGCCGGUGCUCUUGCUGGAAGUGCAACUGUGCUCUUGACCAACCCUAUCUGGGUGGUCAACACGCGCAUGACGGCGCGCAAGAACGAGAGCGACGAAAGCGCUCUUCCUACCGUUGAGGGCGACAAGCCAAAGAAGAAGCUCAGUCCCAGCACCAUCGGCACGCUCUUGGCCAUCAUCAAGGACGAAGGCUUUAUGAGACUGUUUGCGGGUGUGUUGCCAGCUCUUGUGCUGGUUGUCAACCCUAUCCUUCAGUACACCAUCUUUGAGCAAUUGAAGCAGUAUCUUGAGAAGCGCCGUCGUGUCACUCCCAAGGACAGCUUUUACCUUGGUGCUCUGGGCAAGCUGGCAGCUACCAGCAUCACCUACCCUUACAUCACCGUAAAGUCCAGAGCCCAUGUUGCCGGCGGACAGAAGGAGGGCAUGUUCGACAGCUUCUCGCGAAUCUUGCGUGAGGAAGGCUGGGCUGGUCUCUACGGAGGCAUCGGCCCCAAGGUCACUCAGAGUGUUAUUACUGCCGCUUUCCUGUUUGCUUUCAAGGACGCUCUCUACAAUGCAACAGUCAAGGCUCGUAGAACCGUUGCUCAAAAGGCAUAG